AAAUGUAGAAGAAAUCAAUUUACGAACACAGUGAUGAACUAAAACCCUUCCGGGCAAAAAUUAAAAAAUCCUCGAAGCUUUGCUUCAUCGGGAAAGUAUUUGAGAAAUUGUAACUCUUAUGUUCAUCUGGAGAUUUUGAAUUCUUCAUCGGGUAGGUAUCUGAGAAAGGGAGGAGACGAUGAUGAAGACGAAAUUUUUGGAUUGGUAUUUGAAGAUCGCGAUUGGAUCGGCUAUUAUAGGAGGAGGCAUGGAGUUCUUCAUGAUCAAGACUGGUUUCUACGACAAGGUUACUGUAAUAGAAGCAGAGAAACGGGCCUGGGAACAUUCACCUGAAGCUCAAGCCAUGAGAGAAGCUCUUAAUCCCUGGAGAAACAAGGACGCUGAAGCUAGCAAAAGUCCAUAGAUCAAGGAAGAAAGCUCUUUAUUCUCUCUCGUUAAGUUCUUUUCACUCUCCAACUUGCAAUUAUUCUGAUUCAGUUUCUCUCUGUUUUUGAGAGUUGAAAAUUUCAUUAUAUUGUGUUUGCCAAAUGCUAAAUGCAGCCAUCAUCUUUGACCCUAGUUACAUGUUACCAAGAUACCAAACCAUAAAAGAUGUCUUUGUUUUUCUUUCUCUGCACUUGAGCCUACUUCUUCAUCUUCUGUGUCUCUUAUGUCUUGUGUUUGUACAAAGAGCAGAGACAUGUUUUGAGGCUAGGACUUUAUAAGGAACCAUAGAUGUUGUGUUGAAUGUUAUAAAACAGCUUGUGUUAUAUCCCAUUCGUA